AUGGCUGGAUCGCCGCACAUAUCGGUGAUAAUCGAUGACAUACUAGAGGGAGUGCGCGAGAAGGCGGACAAAUAUGAAAUUGCAAUCGCAGACUUGACACUCGACAUGAUCGGUGAUGUCUGUGAUCUGACGGGCCCAAGAAGAAUGACACGCAGUAUUAUGAAGAGCUUGAGAUUAACUCUCGAUGAGACUGUGGAUGAGAGGAAUAUUUCCAACCUCUACGAACCGAAGCUGAUCGGUGACGUCUUGGUAUUACCUGGAUUUUCGUUUGCGGCGUCGACAAAUCACUACAAAGAGGAACAGGAGCCGGCGUUGCUCACGCAUCAUUAUGCUAGCAGUUGGAGGAAUAAGCACGGCGUAGAACUGGUCUGAUCCGGUAUUUUACGAUGUCCGAAGUCUUUUCAGUGAAUAUGAAGACAGGCGCAGAGUCCUGGGAGAAAAGCAGGGCUGGGACCAGCUUAUGGAUAGAGGAGGGGCGCAGAGUCCGGGACCGAUGGGAGUGUAUGGUCAGCGAAGACAUCGGAUGCAUUGUUCGUUGGUACCCGAGAAGCAG